GUUUUCUACGGAUCGAGGUAAACUUCACAUCACCGUUUCCUAGGACUGAGCCAAUGCGCAUGCGCAGUGUGUCUGUCAUGGCGGCGCCCAUUGUACGGAGAGCCGAUUGAGGAGACUAGACGGAGGGGCCUGAAGCGCUCGCCUGUGCCUGAGAUCCCGGGUCCGCAAUGAGGGCAGCGGUGUGACCUGUCCGCCAGGUUAAGAAGACGUCAUCUCUGAAGUGACCGUGAUUGUCCGUCCUGAAGCCAACAUGUCCGCCUACCCUGUGUCUGUGACGUUCCAUGAUGUGGCGGCCUGCUUCUCCGCAGAGGAGUGGGGGGAGCUGAAGGACUGGCAGAAGGACCUGUAUAAGAAGGUGAUGCUGGAGAUCCACUCUGCGCUGGAGGCCAUGGGCUUUGAGAUCCUCAACCGUGAUGUCUUGUUCUGCAUUAAGAAGGUAAAGGACCUGUACAUCGACAUCUGUGAGACGGAGCGAGCCAUCAGCAACGAGGCCUCCGCUCCCAGAGAUCCAGGUAGAAUCAUUGGGAUGAAGCAAGAGCAGGGCCUCCGCCUGGACUGCUGCCGGAAGAAGAGCGCCAAGUCCACCACACACCAUGUUUGUAACCCAGAUUUACGGCUGAGGAUCAUGCAGGACGACCAAGUGCGGCAGAGCCCAGUACACAGCAGCGCGGAUCCCAUUGUCACCUCCGUCUUCUCACUGCAGAAGGAUAAAGAGGAGCCUUCCCCGGUGGACAGUACCGAGGGCCGCACCGUCCCUGUCAGCCGGCGUUUGACCUCACAGACAAUUAAACAAGAAAAGGCGGAAUAUGUGAAGGUGUCAGUGGGCGGCCAUGGGUCAGAGGGUGCGGCGUUGUCACCUGCAGUAUGGUCGUCUUCCCAGCUGAUGCAUUAUGAGGAGCCGGACUACAUGAAGGUGUCUGUGCGGGGCCCGGGGCCACACUGCACAGAGGCCACAGGAAAAGGCCAAGUGACCACCAAGCCCAUCAAACAAGAGGAACCGGAGUAUAUCAAGGUGUCGGUCGGAGGCCAGGGGCCGGUCAGCACCACAGGAGCGUCCAGAGACAGCACGUCAGCCUCCAGGAUACAAGAGGUUACAGAGAUGUGGAUAAACCAGACAUCCGGAGACACAGAAACCAGCGAACGCUCCAACCAAGAGAAUAGAGGAGAGAUGGCAGAGGAGGAUGGCUCAGCUGGGCCACAAUGCUACCUUAAUGGCUCAUUCUACAAGUGGAGCAGUUGGAACAAUCACGUCGGAAUCCUGUCACCGCUUCCCCAGCACAGAAGGGACCGGCCGUACCAAUGCAGCGAAUGCUAUAAAACCUUCUCUGAUGUGUCCCGUUUCCUCAGACACCAGAUUGGUCACACCGGGGGGAGACCAUACCACUGCCGGCACUGCGUGAAGACCUUCAGACAACCCUACGAGCUCAUGGUGCACCAGAGAGUUCACACGGGGGAGAAGCCAUACCAAUGUACCGUGUGUGGAAAAAAGUUCAUCAAGAACUCUAUCUUGAAGGUUCAUCAGAGAAUUCACACGGGAGAACGACCCUACAAGUGCACACAGUGCUCCAAAAGCUUCGUCCAGUCCCAUCAUUUGAAGACUCACCAGCGGACCCAUCUCAGCGGCAGGCUGCAGAGCUUCUAGACUGGCAUUAAAACUACUAGACUUUUUUUUUUUUAGGGGUGGGGGGGGGUGAUGAUCAAAACAUUGAGAGAAUGUGAGGUUCCUUAUUUUGAUUGAGAUAGGAUAAAAGAAGUUUAAAGCCAAAGAUCACAAUGGUGAGUAGCGAUGGUAGAGAAACCUGUAAUAUAACGAUGCUAGAGAUUGGCAAUAUACCUGAUGACCAGUAACAGUCGCCAUUACGUUUCAGGGAUUGGACACAACCAAUAGAAAGUCUUAACCAUUGCAGAUCUAUUCCUAAAUUCUUCUUAAAAUGACCGGGUACUUGGUCAAUACCCUGCAGUGUAUGCCUCUUUACUGACCAACAUCUCUGCAUAUGGACUAGUGGGCAACCUGACAUGGCCCCUUUAUUAGAGCCCUCUCGUCUCGUGGAUUUUAGACUUUAGAUUAGAAAACGGAUAAAUCCAGUGAUGAGUUUUCAGGAGAUCACUUUAUGUGAAUUCACAUUAAAUGGGAAAAUCUAGUGAAAAAACUUGGUGCAAGGCCUGGUCAUUGGGGAUAGACCUGCCAGCCAGGAAUUUACUGCCAACCCUAUCAACCUCACGUAACAGUAAGGAAGGUAUAUGGAGAAUGGUAUGAUCGGGGGAAGAACAUCCAGUGCAUGGGGAAAUAUCAUCCACUAAAGGUGUCAGCAGAGGAUGUCGGGAACAGAUGGAGCCCAGUCAGGAAACCGCAGCCCAAUACAAUGCCGGUGCCUGACUAACAUGUCCAAACCCAUGACUGGCCGCUCCAAAGCACAGAAAGGUUAUAAAAGCAGAUGACCAGCUCCAGGGCCAUUUAGUAUUAGGGAAACAAGUGAGACUCCAUUGGGCAAAAGAGCAAAAUUUACAUCACUGGGCAAUGGUCCAGACCCCACGAGGGUCGUGUAGUCAUGCACUGGCUCUAGGUACAUGACAGCGAGUUUUUCUUGCUUCCUUUGCCUUCACAGUCCCCAGAUGUUAAAGGGGUACUCCACCCCUAGACAUCUUAUCCCCUAUCCAAAGAACAGGGGAUAAGAUGUCUGAUUGUGAGGGUCCCGCCGCUGGGGACCCCCACGAUCUCGGCUGCGGCACCCCAGACAUCCAGUGCACAGAGCAAACUUCACUCCGUGCCGGAUGACUGGCAAUGCAGGGCAGAGGCUCCUGAUGUCACGGUCACACUCUGCUCAUGAGACCAUGACCAUGCCCCCUCAAUGCCAGUCUAUGGGAGGUAAACUAAAAAUAUAAAAGAGAGCGCUCUAUAGCGUAAAACCGUCUGGGUAGGUAUUGGUAGAAGGAUUCUAAAGCCUCUUACCCCAGGUGGUUGUGUGAGCUCACACACAAUGGACAGCGUGUAAGGAUUGUUAGAGCCCAGUCUGCAGCCUCCCAACCAAGUAGAUAGCGACAAAUGGACUUCAAAGGUGUGGUGGGUC